CCUUCCCCGGCGCGUCGUCAGCACUCCCGCCCCUGCACUCGGUCCCCGUGGUGGCUCGUCCCUCCCUGACCUGGGGCUCUGGCGUCCGGGCCUCGCGGAGGCCGCCCGCGGUGGCUGCGCGGACUUCCAGAGCCCUGGCCCGGCCCCCUGCCCACGGAAGCGGGAUCCUCUUUCCCACCGUACAGAAUUAGCGUGACGGCCUCCUGCACAGGGUGCUGACGUUUCCGUGCUUGGGUUCCUCUGCUUCCCUGGGUGGAGAUCCAGGAGGGGUCUCGGUCGGCAUCACCCACCGGAACACUAGUUUACUCCUAAUCCGCAGCCAGCCACCCACGUCCCUCCUCUCCACAGACAUCUUUCUUGGGGGCCUUAAUGUCAUGGUCCCUAUAAGAGCUUUUUAAGCUUCUAAGGUUCUUGCUUUUCCAAGCGCUGAAGACAGUGCACGAAGCCAGGGGACAUCAGCCAUGCUCCAAACGACUUGGCCUCAGGGGCGUUGCGGCUGCUUCCGAGUGUUGGCCGUGAUGCACACAGCUGCUGUGACCAUCUGUGUGCAGGUUUUUGUGUGGACAUAAGUUUUCAGCUCGUUUGGGAAGAUCACCAAGGAGCGGGACUGCUGGCUCACAUGGAGCCAGUGACCUUUGAGGACGUGGCCGUGCACUUCACGCAGAAUCAGUGGGCCAGCCUGGACCCCGCGCAGAGGGCCCUGUACCGGGAGGUGAUGCUGGAGACGUAUGCAAACGUGGCUGCCCUGGUUGCAUUUCCGGUCCCCAAACCUGCUCUGAUCGCCCAGCUGGAGAGAGGGGAAGCCCCCUGGGGCCCUGACCCCUGGGCAGCAGAGGUGUGGAGUUGCAUCUGUCCAGGCGGCGAGUCCCGCAUCAAGGACGACGACGAGCCAGCGGUAAAGCGGGAAGCCCCCGCAGAGACAGAGCGGCCGCGGUGGCCGGGAGGAGGGCUUCCCGGAGAGAUUCCCGAGCCCCUCGGUUUUAGAAGCAAGGCCCCGUGGCAGCCUUCCGGCCUGAACCCGAACCUGAUCCUUCGAGGGGGCAUGAAGUUCUACCGCUGCGGCGCGUGCGGGAAGCUCUUCCGGUACAACUCGAAGCUCCUUCGGCACCAGAUGAGUCACACGGGGGAGAAGCCCUUCAAGUGCAGGGAGUGCGGCAAGGCCUUCAAGUCCAGCUACGACUGCACGGUGCACGAGAAGAACCACGCCGGGGCGGGGCCCUACGAGUGUAAGCAGUGCGGCAAAGGGCUGAGCUCCAACACGGCCUUGACGCAGCACCAGAGGAUCCACGCGGGGGAGAAGCCCUACGAGUGCAGGGAGUGCGGCAAGGCCUUCCGCAGGAGCGCGGCCUACCUGCAGCACCAGCGGCUGCACACCGGGGAGAAGCUCUACACGUGCCAGGAGUGCUGGAAGGCCUUCGGCUGCAGGUCGCUCUUCGUCGUCCACCAGAGGAUUCACACCGGGGAGAAGCCCUACCGGUGCAAGGAGUGCGGCAAGGCGUUCACGCAGAAGAUAGCCUCCAUCCAGCAUCAGAGGGUUCACACCGGCGAGAGGCCGUACGGGUGCAAGGUGUGUGGGAAAGCCUUCAAGUGGUACGGCAGCUUCGUCCAGCAUCAGAAGUCGCACCCCGAGGAGAGGAAGCUGGUCCCCACGAGUCCCCGGUGCCCCCCUUCAGCCCCGUCGCCGGGCCCCCUCCGGAGUCUCUGCCCGGCUGCAGCCGUGGCCGUGCCUCCGCUGACCUUUCCGCAGGCUGUGCUCCUUCCUGCCUCCGGGCCUCUGUUCGUGCUGCUGCCCGCGUCCGCAGUGCCUUCGCCGCCUGUGCACAUGGUGCGCGUCUUCCAGGGCCCCGCUGCCGUCGCCAAGCCUUUCCCGGUUACGCUCACCCCCUCCCAGCCCCCGUGAGCUUCACCUUGCCGCGCCGAGGCUCUCACGCCCAGCACAUCUCCAACCUAAUUGGAGUUGCACUUGUAGUUUUUUCCCCUCACUCUUUACAUGUGUUUCAAGUGCUUCAGCAUACACUCCAUUGUGAUCUGUAUAUUCGAAGACUGUGUUCAUACGUUUUCUUCUGGAAAUGGAAGUACUUGACCUUGGCAUUGGCCCCUCUCGGGCUUGGACAGUAAUGGCUGUGUCUGCACUGUGGGGGCUGUACCUGCACUUGGAAGGGAUGUUGGAGAAGAUUGGGAGGGAACCCACAGUCCAUGAAAAUGGCCUGAGAGAAGAGGAGUAGGUAUUCUUGCUCCUGCGGAGUAGAGGAUUAGAAUAAAUUUGCAACAACAGACUUCAGAAAUGAACGCAGGUCGUUUAGUGGCCUGAGAUGGUGUACGGAUGCCACUGAAGUUCAUUGCCCUCGCCUCAGGUCACUGAGGACCUCACACGUCUGUGCAAAAGCUCGUGUGAAGUAACCAGUGAGAAAUAGUAUGUAUGCGGUGACAGCAAUUAUCUUAUGAUCAAUCGUGAUCCUCUCUUGAACCGUGCAGGUUUUUUCUUUAGUCUUGCUCUUUGUGUUUGGAUUUAUUUUUUAAGUUUAGUUUUCUGAGUAAAUACACACCAAGCGUUCACCUUU